CCCAGCCGCUUUCAAUGGAGGAGAAGCCCGGCCAGCCACAGCCUCAGCACCAUCACAGCCACCACCAUCCGCACCAUCACCCUCAGCAGCAGCAGCAGCAGCCGCACCACCACCACCAUUAUUAUUUCUACAACCACAGCCACAACCACCACCACCACCAUCAUCACCAGCAGCCUCACCAAUACCUGCAGCAUGGAGCCGAGGGCAGCCCCAAGGCCCAGCCAAAGCCGCUGAAACAUGAGCAGAAACACACCCUCCAGCAGCACCAGGAAACGCCGAAGAAGAAAACAGGCUAUGGUGAACUAAACGGUAAUGCUGGAGAAAGAGAAAUCUCUUUAAAGAACCUGAGUUCUGAUGAAGCCACCAACCCUAUUUCCAGGGUCCUCAAUGGCAACCAGCAAAUUGUAGACACUAGCCUGAAGCAGACUGUAAAGGCCAACACCUUUGGGAAAGCAGGAAUUAAAACCAAGAAUUACAUUCAGAAAAACAGUAUGGACAAAAAGAAUGGAAAGUCUUAUGAAAAUAAAUCUGGAGAGAACCAGUCUGUAGAUAAGUCUGAUACUAUACCAAUUCCAAAUGGUGUGGUAACAAAUAAUUCUGGCUAUAUUACUAAUGGUUAUAUGGGUAAAGGAGCAGAUAAUGAUGGUAGUGGAUCUGAGAGUGGAUAUACAACUCCUAAAAAAAGGAAAGCUAGGCGCAAUAGUGCUAAGGGUUGUGAAAACCUUAAUAUAGUACAGGACAAAAUAAUGCAACAAGAGACCACUGUCCCAACCUUAAAACAGGGACUUGAAACUUUCAAGCCUGACUAUAGUGAACAAAAGGGAAAUCGAGUAGAUGGUUCGAAGCCCAUUUGGAAGUAUGAAACUGGGCCUGGAGGAACAAGUCGAGGAAAACCUGCUGUGGGUGAUAUGCUUCGGAAAAGCUCAGAUAGUAAACCUGGUGUGAGCAGCAAAAAGUUUGAUGAUCGGCCCAAAGGAAAGCAUGCUUCAGCUGUUGCCUCCAAAGAGGACUCAUGGACCCUAUUUAAACCACCCCCAGUUUUUCCAGUGGACAAUAGCAGUGCUAAAAUAGUUCCUAAAAUAAGUUAUGCAAGCAAAGUUAAGGAAAACCUCAACAAAACUAUACAAAACUCUUCUGUGUCACCAACUUCAUCUUCAUCAUCAUCAUCAUCUACUGGGGAAACUCAGACCCAAUCAUCAAGUCGCUUGUCCCAGGUCCCUAUGUCAGCGCUGAAAUCUGUUACUUCUGCCAACUUUUCUAAUGGGCCUGUUUUAGCAGGAACUGAUGCAAAUGUUUAUCCUCCAGGGGGUCAGCCACUGCUAACUACUGCUGCUAAUACUCUAACACCCGUCUCUUCUGGGACAGAUUCAGUUCUCCAGGACAUGAGUCUAACUUCAGCAGCUGUUGAACAAAUUAAGACUAGCCUUUUUAUCUAUCCUUCAAAUAUGCAAACUAUGCUGUUGAGCACAGCACAAGUGGAUCUGCCCUCUCAGACAGAUCAGCAAAACCUGGGGGAUAUCUUCCAGAAUCAGUGGGGUUUAUCAUUUAUAAAUGAGCCCAGUGCUGGCCCUGAGACUGUUAUUGGGAAGUCAUCAGAGCAUAAAGUGAUGGAGGUGACAUUUCAAGGAGAAUAUCCUGCCACUUUGGUUUCACAGGGUGCUGAAAUAAUUCCCUCAGGAACUGAGCAUCCUGUGUUUCCCAAGGCUUAUGAGCUGGAGAAACGGACUAGUCCUCAAGUUCUGGGUAGCAUUCUAAAAUCUGGGACUACUAGUGAGAGUGGAGCCUUAUCCUUGGAACCCAGUCAUAUAGGUGACCUGCAGAAAGCAGACACCAGUAGUCAAGGUGCUUUAGUGUUUCUCUCAAAGGACUACGAGAUAGAAAAUCAAAAUCCUCUGGCCUCUCCUACGAACACUUUGUUAGGCUCUGCCAAAGAACAGAGAUACCAGAGAGGCCUAGAAAGGAAUGAUAGCUGGGGUUCAUUUGACCUGAGGGCUGCUAUUGUAUAUCACACUAAAGAAAUGGAAUCUAUUUGGAAUUUGCAGAAGCAAGAUCCCAAAAGGAUAAUCACUUACAAUGAAGCCAUGGAUAGUCCAGAUCAAUGAAGGACCAGACUGCCUAUUCGUAACCUUUCUGCAGCAUUAGAGCCAUCGUUCAUGGGGGACACAAGGCUUUUAUGCUCCUAGAUCUUCAACGCAGCAGAGGAACCAUAAGUAGAAUCACAGGAUAAUAUAUACAAAUAUAUAUAUAUACAUAUAUAUAUAUAUAGUUAUUUAAAAAAGGCAACUGAAAGUAAUUAGACUUCUUAAGGAAUCAAAUUUAUUUCAAGAGACUACACAUGGUUAUUUAAUCUCCGGUACUGAAUAGGUUUUUUUUCUUCUGUUAGUUUUUGUUUUUAAGUGUGAAUGCAAGUGAUUAAUGAAUACAGACUUAACAAGUGUGGUUCUAAAGUUCCUGCUGUCAUCAACUUGGGCAACAAAUGACCCACUGGAAAGGCAAAUCCACUUAAAAGAUCUCUGUAUCUUGUUCUGUGACUGAAGUGAUACACUAAUCACGGGGAACCCAGAAUGAUUCAACAUUUUCCCCCACUCCUCCCUUGAUCUUUUUGGUUUUACUUUAAUUAAGCCCUGCGAGAAUGCUGGAUAAAUGCCUUGAAGUUAGCAGGGUGUAUUUUUUUAGCGAAUAUGAUUUGCAUGUCUUGCCAGGAGUUAAGCGGCCUCUGUGGGGUGUUGGGGGAAUACUUUAUUUCUUUCCAUUUAUUUUUUGUGGGGUGGGGGGAUAGGGGAGGGCAUUGAAGUUCUACAAUUCUGGAAUAGUUGAUGGUACAUAGUUAACUUGGCUUCGGUUACAUAUUGGACUUUAACAACUGAAGAAUCUAUGCGUGUCAUUUAAAGAAAAGUUGCAGAACAAGCAUUUGGCUUAGAUAUACAAUCUGGAAAAAUAUUCCUGUGCCCAUAUUUUAAUGUAAUUGUAUAACUGGGAGCAAAAAUAUAUUCUGCUUUUCAACUGUAGGUGCUCCAGACUUGCUCUCUGUCACUAACACUAAAUGUGCUGUUUUCCUUAUUUUUCAUCAAACAUUUAAGACAAACUUAGACCUUUCUGUAAAUUCUCUUUUAAUUUCUCAAAAAAAUCUAAAAGGGGAAGUAAAAAGUCCAUGAAAACUAAAACUUUUCAUGUUUUUAGCCAGUGAGAAGGUAAUAAACCCUGACUGUAGAAGGUAUGUUUUCAUGCAAACUAUACUUCUGAGCUUAUUAGCUUCUAAUUAUAUCUUAAUAAAUAUAUUUUAUUACUAGAGCAAGAUGGGUUUUUAAGGAAAAUAAUGUGAAAUUCUGGAAAUUUUCUUUGGGGCAGAGAAGAGCAUUAGCCCUGUCUUAUUACAUUGCCAUCCUGUUGCACUGCAGCUUGUGUAUAGCAUGCUAAAAUAAAUUUUUGUGUGUGUGUGCAGAAAUUAAGGGUCCAAUUGAGAUUGGGUGAUGUUAGUAGCAUAAUAACAAGUUGUCUGGCCUGACACAGCAUCACAUCACACACACAGAAAUUAGUAUAUCCAUGUAUGUCAAAUACAGGUUAAAAUAUCAGGGCAUUUAUAUAAAGAGUUGUAGUCUUCUGAUAAAAGUAGACUGGAUCCCCUGGGGUAUUUGGGGAGAAAGUAACUACUUUUGCUCUACCCCUAGAAAUGUCCAGUUUUGAGUGACUGUAGUAUGGAUGGGUUUUCUUGUUUUGUUGAUUAUUUGAGGCUUUUAAAACAAGUAGUUCAUGAAAGAAGCUGUUGGACUCAACAUAGAGUAGAGUAACUAUCUUUUUAGUCUGGAUUUCUGCCCUGCUUAGAUUUUAAAAGUAUAAGCAUGGAUUGCCAAUUCCACUUGAUGUAAACAAAACUUUUUUUUAUACAUAAUAUAUAUAUAUAUAUAAAAUAACUUAUUGUAUCAGUCCAGGUUCAGAAACUUGUGGUAGGCCAGUUCCAGAUAGUUUCAUUUCACCUGUAAACUGUAUCACUUUUACUGAUAUUGUAAUUUUCAAAUGUAUAAUAUGUUUACAGAUGUGCCCUGCAUUUAGUCUGCCUUGUUCCUAUUUUGAUUUUUGUUGAGUCUCCUGCCUGCUUGCCAAAAGCUAGGAUGCUUCAGGCCCAUGUACAAUUGAAAGCAGAGGCAUCCUUGAGCUUUAAAGCAUUGAACAAACUGGAAAAUGCAACAUACCACAUAACUGAAGUGAAAAAAGUCUGUGUUUUUGUGUUUUUUUAAUAAAAAUUUUCAAAAAGUUUAAAAAAAACAUAUAAGGUUGAUUAAAGGGAAAAAAGGCUCCAGUUUGUUUUACAGGUUUUAAAGUUCUGCUGUGUGUUCAAUUGCCUUGUGUAACCACUUGUCGCCUUAGGGCCAGAUUCCCCUCACCACUCCCCCUUUUUAAAUGUCCAUUUUGCUUGCCUGGAAUUUUAAAGUUCUUCUGUCUCACAACUCACAAGAAACUUUCUGGGUUUGUGACAUACAGAGAUUGAAUGAAUAUAUAUUUGAAAAUGAAAAAAAAAAGACAAACCCAGCCCCCACAUGAAUUGGGCUUUUUAACUUAGAAGCAACACUUGAUUGAACAUUUUUAGAAAGCUGUUGCUUUUCUAAUUUCUUUCCAUAUCCCUCAGGCCUCAGUGUUUGGAGAAGCCAAAAAGAAUGUAUCACUUCUCUGUCUGUCCAAAGGUUUUGGAGAGUCUCACUUUUAAAUGAAACAAUGCAACAUUUCACUUUGAUUUCUCCACUGAAAGUUCCUUGAUUAUAUGGUUAGAGGUAUGUAGUUAGGAAUGUCUGUUAACUUUCUGAGAACCCUAGUGCCCCAUCAUAUUAACUGUCAGUAUUUUGGGGGCAUUAGGUUAAUAGACUUAAUUGCCUAGGUACAAGCAGGACUUUGGGACAAAUCUCUUUGUGCUGUUUGGUAACACUUAACUCUAUUUGUUGCAAUCUUUCUCCUUAGGUCCUCACACAAUUCCUUACAGAGCACUUAUUAAAAAAAAAAAAUCUUAAGAGUUGAUCUGUUUUCUGAUUAUUUUGUGUAAGCUUCUAAACAGACUUCAGCUGUGAUUAAUUUAGCACAUUUAAAUAACGUGUUAUUGUUUGGUGUAAAGAAUUUUCCUCCAACUCAGAGUAUUAGUACUGUAGCAUAAACCAAAUACAGUCUAGAGGGGAUUUUUAACAUCCCUCCAUUAUAAAGACUGAAAAAGGGGUGUGUGUGUAUGUAUGUGUAUGUGUGUGUUGAGUGUGUGUGAGGAAAAGAUGGAGAUAUUAAAAAUUAGUAAAUGAAUGUGUAUAAGACAUUAGUAUUCAGAGAAUGAACUUGUAUUUAUUUUGUGCCAUUUGUUUUCAUUACACAGAAAAAAGUCAGGUGGUUUAAAUCCUUAAAAGGGUAGUAUUGAAAAAUGGCACUAAGAAUGAAAUUAUGACCUAUUUUUUUAAUAGCUAUGAAGAUACUAAUUAUGGGUGAAGAUUUCUUUUUAAAUCUGUUUUGAUUAUUGUAGGCUUCUGUGUCACAUACCACUCUUGUAGGUGUCCUCAAUAAUCCCUUUUUCCCGCAAAACACACAGGGUGUAUUAUCUUUCUCUUUAUUCACCCUCACUUUGCUGAACUGAAGUUAAUUACAUAGCCUUUCUUCUAACCUCCUUAGUAAUGAACCUUCACAUAAAGUGUAUUUACAGCAUCUAUGGUAGCCAGCCCUUUCUCCUCUACUUUCUAGGAGGGGAUUAAAUUCCAAUAACUAGGAAUUUAAUAACAGAUUUUUUUUUCUUUGAAAUAAAUGGCCAGAGAGUUUCUCCAUUUUAGAAUUUUGCUGUCCUCCUUAGUCAUCUGCUUACCUAGUCAUUACUCAAUCUGCAGAAACUUCAUAAAGGAAAAGUGCUGCAUUGUUUUACAAAUAACAGUUUUAGGGAAAACCUCAACUAUGGGAGUUGUCCACAAUACAAAUUUUCAAAAAACAUUACAUAAGGGUAAUUUCAUACUUGGUUGUUAGACUUGUUGCUUCCCCACAUCAGAGGCAUCUAAUGAUUUAUCUUUUGUAAUUGCUGUAAACUUUUUAAAAUAAAGCCAUUUAGUGUGAAAUUGUCAGGUAUCAAAUGGCUAUUGGAAAGGGACUUUACUCAAUUUAAAUUCCACUGUAAAUAAGGAGGGAGUCAUUCCUGCGAGGGUCUCUUCAGAGAAAUAGGUUAAAAGUCCAAUUUCCAGGUAUUACGAGUAUAGUUAUGCCACUGGGCCAUAUCCUCAAAUAACAGCUGAUCCCUCUUGUAUAAAUAUGUUAACUGUGCAGAACAGUUAUGCUAUAGGACAAAUACAAUGGUCCUUAGGGUCAGAUUGGUUGAUGCCACACCAGUCAAGGUAGAGUCUGAUAGGGCAGUAUCUUAAUAACCCUACCCAUGACUUAACUGUUGGAUUUGAAAGGAAAACGUAGGAUUUGCUCUCCUCCCCUUCACCCCCAGAAAAUUUUGAUAAUUUGUUUAAAAGGGAGAGGCAGAGGAAAAGAUUAGAAGCAUAAAUAGCUGCUCUAAGUUUGCCAGAGGCACAUAGCUUAACAUUAGUUCUUAAUAUCGAUGUUAUUUUUACUAAUGUAAUUAAUCAACAGAGCACCAAGAUUCUUUCAUGGUGAAAAAGGUGGGCUUCUGUUUUGGUAUUUUAAAAUGUUUCUUUUAAAAUAUAUAUCACCUUUGUGAGAACCGGGACCACCUGGGAGAGUGAUGAAUCAUUGGCUCUACUCAAAAGCAUUGCUUUACUGAGUUUUAAAUUUCACACCGUUUUGCUGCUCAAGAAAGGUCUUAAAGUAGUUAAAGGAUGCCAGCAAUAGUCCGAAUAGAAUUUUCAGUUGUCUGCAUGAUGAAAACACCCAGUGCAGCAUGAUUGGAAUAUUGCUUUUGCAUUACUGGGAAUGGUACAUCAGUUAUGGGCUAGAAACUAUGGAACAGCCAUCCUGGGAUGCUGAUUCAGACUUCCCUAUUUAUCCAUACAAUUUUGUUAUGUCCAGAGUUCUAAAGCCAUUUUAUAAUACUGCAGUAUCCCCCCCCCUUUUUUUUUUGAGACGGACUCUCUGUUGCCCAGACUGGAGUACAGUGGUGCAAUCUUGGCUCAC